CGCGCCGCCUCCUGUUCGCUGUCGGCACUGCUCGUUGGCUCCUCCCCGGCCUGUUCCGCGGCGGGCAGCGGCGACAUGUGGAGGCUGGGGGCGGCCGGCGCGGUUAAUGCCGCGCAGCGGGUGGCGGCGGUGGCGCCGCGGCCGCGGAGCGGAGUCCUUGGGUGCGUCCUGCUGGCGGGGACAGCCACUUCCGGCCGCGGGCGGACGCAGCAAUUACAAUAUGCUUCAGAGGUGAAGAGCAAGACUGUUCAGUUCAUGAAUUUAAGAUGUGCGGGAACUCUGAAUGACACAGGGUCUUUAGAUGAGACCACUUACGAAAAACUGGCUGAAGAGACACUGGACUCCUUAGCAGAUUUCUUUGAGGACCUGACAGAUAAGCCUUUUACCCCAGAAGACUAUGAUGUCUCUUUAGGGAGUGGAGUUCUAACAGUUAAAUUAGGUGGAGACAUGGGAACAUACGUAAUCAAUAAGCAAACACCAAACCGUCAGAUUUGGCUGUCCUCACCCACUAGUGGGCCCAAGCGCUAUGACUGGACUGGACGAAAUUGGGUGUAUUCACAUGACAGAGUAUCCCUUCAUGAGCUGCUAUCAAAAGAACUUUCAACAGCGUUAAAAACUAAGUUGGAUUUGUCCUGCUUAAUAUAUUCUGGGAAAGAAGAUACUUGAUGAUAUUUUACCUCAUGGAAUUUAAAAACUUUAACCACAAGCCAACCCCUUCCUUGUUUUCUGAGGUACCUGAGCUUAAUUCUGUUGGUUUUUUCUUGACAUCGCUAUGUUGCACAACAAAAAUGAAAAUAAUACAUAUUUCUCUAGUUCUAAGUCUUCGGGCUUCUGUGUCACUGCUUCAUUCUCUGUCCAUGUAGUACAAGUGGAGGAGGUCAUCCUUCCUGUCACUGCAUUCCUUACUUUCUUACUGCAGAAGUAAGACUUGAAUUCUUACUGUCUGUAGUCUUGUUCAAUGUAAGGACUGAGCCACCUGAUGACUUCUGAGCGGCACACAAAUGCUAAACUUCUUUUGGUGAGACAUACACCCAAAAGAAAUACCUUUGAAUUACAUUGAUGUAAGUUGUGGUAGUGUGAACACAUCGCAUUAAAAAUUUGUGGCUACUGCUAGUAAAUAACACAUCACAGUCAGAUUAAGCAUGUCGUAAAGAAAAUGGCUGUUGCAGUAAAAAUUUUUCAUUUUGUGCAAUGCAUGUAAAAGAGGAGCUUUUCUCUUGGUACUGCUGAAUUUUCUCUGUUUUCCAAAUUCCAGUUUCUUUCACAUCAUGUUUUGGUUUUUGAUGGGGUUUUGGAGUUUCUAUUUUUUUAAACUAAACUUUAAAUUACUUAGAGGUCUGUAUGGUUGUAAGCAUCAUAUUGAACUGUAAAAGCUGGUAUGUCAAGUUUAAGCUGUGCAGAGGUAUCUCUGCAAAUUUGUUGUGUGAAUAUGCAAGCUGUGGAUUUCGCUUUUUGUUCCCUUUUGUUUUUCAGAUAGUAAAAAUACAUACUUUUUAGUUGGGCAAAAUUAAGAUUCACAGUAGCAAAAAUUUGCACUACGUUUAUUCUGCAUUUCUUAAAUUUAAGCUGAGAUUAUACUUUUUCACCUUUAUACAACCAGGCUCCCCUCAGUACCGUGCUGACUCAGAAACUUUUGCCUUUUUGCUUCUUAGAAUCAAACAUGGUGUUUGGACUGAUGAUGUGUUUUUCAAGCUGGGAAAAAAAAUAAGGAUGAAAUAGAUUAUGUACUUAAAAUCUUAAACUAAAAAGCUUUACAAGAAAUUACGAACUGCAAAAAGAACACUUCAACACUUGCACUGGUGGCUCAUUAGCACUUGUAGGUUUUAAUUGCCUGUGAAAUGAACAUUCAAGAGUUGUUGACCAAUUCUUGAGGAAACAGUUAUACCAUACUCUUAUAAAUUGUUUAUCUGUAUGAAAAGAUACUCAGUGCAAAGUAUUUUUCUUCUUGGGUCCUCUGACACUUGUGAUUAUUAGUUUUACAUGAUUCUCUGUCUAGCUAGAAUUAUUACAGAUGUGUUUAGUUUUGUCAUUGAAAACCAAUACCUGUAUAGCUAUUGUUGCCCAGUAUUUGCAUUUAAAAUAUAAGCAUUGUUACCCGCUAUUUCCCACCAUUAAAAUAGAAUAACAUUUCACUGGAAGCAGCUCUUGGUUAACUGUGCAUGCCGCUCACCUGUUUUUCAAUCAGAAUAAAAAAAUACGGCAAUUACCUGAAAUUUCAGCUUUACUGGAUGAGGUAAAUACAAUGAUUCCCCACUCAUGUGGGUAUAAGAAUAAAAGGGGGUUUGGUUUGGUUUGGUUUGGUUUUUUAACAAAGGAAACCUAAAAACAGAACAUCUUUUUACUGCUUUGAACUUAGAACACUGAAAAUAAUUUUCAGUAUAUGGAAAACAAUAGUAUUUAGCUCAAUCUUCUAAUAGUUCAAAUAGCUAUUUAAAUAUAUUUGCAUAGAUGUUAAUGACUUGAUACUU